AAAAAAAAAAUUUUUUUUUUCCUUGUUUUCCAGAGGAUUUGAGGGAUGCCCAAGAAAUUCCAGGGGGAGAACAGCAAGUCGGCGGCGGCGCGCGCCCGCAGGGCCGAGGCCAAGGCGGCGGCGGAGGCGCGGCGGCAGCAGGAGCUGGAGGAUGAGCUCUGGAAGGACGAGGACAAACACGUCCUGAGGAAGGAGCAGAGGAAGGAGGAGCGGGAGAAGCGGCGCCUGGAGCAGCUGGAGCGCCGGAAGGAGCUGCAGAGGCUCCUGGAGGAGGAGGAUUCCAAACUCAAAGGGAAAACUCCCAAGCAGGGAAAUCCCGGGAAAAUCACCCGGGCCCAGAUCGAGGAGAACGUCAGGAAGGAGCAGCAGCAGAAGGAAAACACGGAUGCAGCAGCAGAGAAGGAGAAAUCCCACCUGGAAUUGCCCCUGGAGGAGAACCUGAACCGGCGGCUGCCUGAGGAGGGCGCUGUGGAGGCGCGCAGCAUCGAGGACGCCAUCGCUGCCCUCAGCAUGUCGCAGCCCCUGGAGCGUCACCCCGAGCGCAGAGGAACACCGGGAAGCCCCGGGAAGCACCGGGAGGCGGCGGGGCGGGUGCGCGCGGCUGCGCGCGUGGAGCGGCAUCGCAAACGGCGCCGCAUCGCCGCCCGCAGCCCCCGCGGCCGCCGCCGCCUGCGCGCUGGGGAAACCGAGGCACGGCGAGGCCGGGAGGGGCUCGGCGGCACCGCGGAGCCGCUGUCCAGGCUGGCCCCCGGUCCCCGGUUGUGCUACCGGAACCCGCCGGGAUCCCGCACGCGUCGCCGCCGCCGGGCCAUGGGAAGCGGCGGCAGCGCCCGAGGGCAGCGGAGGCCGGGGGUUGGAGGAAGGUGUGGAGGGAAUCCCAUGGCCCCCGGACCCCCGGACCUCCCCCGCACGCAGCCCCGGCCCCGCAGCCCCUGA